AAUUGUUGAAAAGUUUCAGAAGGGGUAGGAGAAAGGAGAAAGGGAAGGAGAAAGGAAAACAAGUGAAUGAGGAAGUUAGAGAAAGAAAAAGAGAAUCAAAGUUUCAGAGAGGGGAAAGUGGAAGGCAGCAGCGAGGGGGACGAAGGGGAAGGGAGGGAAAGAGGAAAGGAAAGGGAGGCGAACGAGGUGAGAGGCAAGGUUGAAAAGAGAGAAGGAAAAAAAGACGGGAAAAAGACAGCACUAAGGGAGAAAAAUAGGAUAGGAAAAAGGAGUGACGAAAAGGAAAUCGAGGGUUGGAGUAGGAGCCAGACAGAGGACCGAGAGAUUGAAUGGGACAUUGACCAAGUGCGAGAGCGACAGGGGAGGAGGUAAAAAGAGGAGACGGUUAGUGGAAGGGAGGGGAGAGAGAGCGACAGGUAGAGUUGUUGAGAGACGGAAGGGAAGAGUGCGACAGGUAGAGAGUUUGCGAGAGUGGGGGAGACGGAGAGGGUGAAAAGCGAGUGAGACAGAGGACGGGGAGGGAGCGCGAAGUGAGUGGCGGGGUGCGGGUGACGGUAAAUACCCGUGCUGAGCAGUGGAGGGGGGGCAAGAUCUGUGGUGCGGGGCAGGAGGGAGAAGGGAGAUCCGUGGUGCGGGCACGGACCAGGCGGAAUAUUUGGGAAUCCAGGGAGCAGUGACCCAGAGAGCGGUGGCACCAGAUGGGCCGGCAGUGAGCGCAGUCCCGAACUCGCAUUGGCCAUGGAGGAGAGGCUGCGGGCAUUCCUCCAGCACCUGGACGCGUUGGAGCAGGCGGAUGGCACGGAGAACUGCUUCGCCCAGGAGUUCCAGAACCUGAAGAAGUCGGCGCUGACCGGCGAGGGUACCGAGCUCAGCACCGAGGCGGGCAGGCUGAGGGGGAACGCCAAGAAGAACCGCUACAAGGACAUCUUGCCAUAUGAUCAGACACGGGUUCCCCCUGACACUGCUGACAGAGGAGGGAUACUCUGACUACAUCAAUGCGAACUUCAUUAGGGGUGCAGAUGGUCAGCCGACCUACAUCGCCACGCAGGGACCCCUCGGAACCACCAUCGUUGACCUGUGGAGGAUGAUAUGGGAGUUCCGCGUCACCAUCAUCGUCAUGGCGUGCAGGGAAGUGGAAAUGGGCAAGAGAAAGUGUGAACGUUACUGGGCAACGGAUCAGGAACCUGCGACCUUUGGUCCUUUCAUCAUCACUAAUGUAGCUGAGGAGCCUCUGGGCAAUGAUAUGAACAUCCGUACCCUGUCUGUCAACCUGCUUGGGGAGACGAGGACGGUGUUGCAGUUCCAGUACCUGGCCUGGCCCGACCACGGCAUUCCAGAUGAUGUUCACGGGCUCCUGCAGAUGAUUGAGCUGAUUCACCAGCGGUGGGACGAGGCACGGGGUCUCAUCUGCGUGCACUGCAGUGCAGGCUGUGGGCGGACCGGAGUGAUCUGCACGGUGGAUUACGUCCGCGACCUGUUGCUGAACCAGCUGGUCAGCGAGGAGUUCACUAUUCUGGACAUUGUCCGCGAGAUGAGGCGACAGAGACCAGCGGCAGUGCAGACUAAGGAUCAGUACCACUUCGUCUACCGCAUUGUCGCUGAGAUGUUCCACAGGCAGCUGGAAUCCCGGACCCCCCAUUACCAAAACUGGAAGGCCACUGAGCAGACGCAGCCGGAAGGAAAGCAGCCGGCAGCUUCGAAACCAGCGCUCCUGCCCAAGCCUCGGAGACAGCCAAGAGCCCGCUCGCCGCAGCCACCAGCAGCGGCCAUGUCGGGGCAGGGCACUGAAACCUACGCCAUGGUGUCCCGUCUCAGGCCUGUGUCAGGGGGUCCCCCUCCCACCCACCUGCCCUCGGCUGGGGGGACUCCCGCAUAUGCCAAACGACCGGAGGGGCCGGUUCCCACCCCCCGCCACCUCUACAGCAACGUGGUGGGGGAAGAUCAGAGGGUGCAGACACCCGCCUCGCCCGUCUAUGCCCAAAUGCGCCCGGGGGGUGUCCUGGCAGCAGGGGAGGGCAGCAGUACCAACUACAGCACAAUCCAGUUCAGCAGCGAGCCUGCCAGUGGCCCAGACGGAUCGGGCGAGGACUGGGCCCCCUCCCUCCCCAACCGGACGGCCGACUCGUUCCUGGUGGACGAUCAGGACUUGUCCCGGGCCUCAUCGUUCUCCAGCACCGAUGGGAUAAGUUCCGGGAAGUUACGCAACGCCUUCAGAAUGGCCUUCACAGGAUCGCCCAAGAAAGCUGCAGAGCCCGACAUCGACGAUGGAUACGAAGACAUUGACGACAUCAUCAAGGCGCCGAAACUGGGUUUCAAUUUCCGAGUGUCGAAGCCGAAGGGGCCACGAGACCCCCCCCUGGAGUGGGCUCAGUACGGUCGAUGACAGGGGAGGGGGGCCCGGGCGUCUGCCCCUCCCCAUCGGGGUGGGGUGGGUGUAAACUCAGUAAAAAGCUUUUGUCUGA